UAUACUUGAAAUGUUAGAUGUUGGCGGAAGUGAUGUACACAUGGUAGGAAUAUGGGGAAUUGGCGGAAUAGGGAAGACAACAAUUGCUAAAGCUAUUCACAAUACAAUUGCCCAUAAGUUUGAUGGUAGCUGCUUUUUGGCAAAUGUUAGAGAAGGUUCAGAGCAACAGGGAGGUUUAGUCAACCUACAAAAUAUUCUUUUUUCAAAGAUUGUGGGACAGAAAGAAAUGAAAAUAUACAACAUUCAUGAAGGAAUCACUUUGUUGCGUGAAAGGUUGAGAAAUAAAAGGAUUCUCUUAAUUGUUGACGAUGUGGAUAAUUUGGACCAGUUAAAGAAAUUAGCUGGGAGAACUGAUUGGUUUGGUCACGGCAGCAGAGUUAUCAUAACAACAAGAGAUAAGCAUUUGUUGAUUGCUCAUCAAGUGAAACCAAUAUACAAGGUUCAUGAACUAGGUCAUUAUGAAUCUCUUGAGCUCUUCAGUUCAAAUGCCUUCAAGGAUAAUAAGAAUUUAAAUGAUAAUGAGAAACUGUCAGUUACUACUGUUGUUAAAUAUGCUCAAGGCAUUCCACUUGCACUGGAAGUUUUAGGUUCAUAUCUAUGUGAUACCUCUAUACAUAAAUGGCAAGCUAUGUUAGAUGGUUUUAAAAAGAAUCCUCCUAGGCACAUUCAAGAUAUUCUCAUAAUCAGUUAUGAUAGACUGCAAGAUACAGUGCAAAAAGUUUUCCUCGACAUUGCUUGUUUCUUCAAAGGUUGGAAUACAAAUGAUGUGAUACAAAUACUUAAAGGUUGUGACCGCAUUAACCCCGAGCAUAGUAUUAAAGUUCUCGAAGAAAAGGCUCUCAUAUGUGUUGAUGUAUAUGGUCAAAUUUGCAUGCAUGAUUUGUUGGAAGAGAUGGGGAAAGAUAAAGUUUUGCAAGAGUCUACAGAGCCCGGUGAGCGAAGUAGACUGUGGCAUCACAAGGAUGUGCAGGACGUUCUAACAGAAAAUACAGUAAGUAGUUCUCAUAUGCUCAUAUUCACACACACA